AACUUGGCGGCAGUUUUCAAGAAAUUUAGUAGUGUACCAUCGCCACCUACAAUAAUUAUCUUUUUCUUUCGGUUUUGUCGAUCCUGACGAGCAGUCGUGCAAAUACUUACGCCGUCUCGAAGGUCUAAUGCAACCGUGCUGCACAGUAUUCCGAACCAGUCCGUCAGCAACGUACUCGCAUCACAACAACUUCAACAGCACCACCACCAUCACCACCAACAACAACAAUAACAACAAACAUUGACGGUUACAACAAUAAUACAACACAUAUUACGUCUGUGCUUUUUUAUGAUAUAAUAUUCACAUUGACGGAGGUGACUUGUUCGAACGUAAAAUAGACAGAUUGCGGUCGUCGAAGUUUAAUUUGACUUGACGUGACUUCACAAUAAUAUUAUUAUAAGACCGGGCCGCGAAGACUUACGCAGACGGACGAGACCGCAAAAUGUUGUACGAUCCGCCAAAGACGACCUUGUACGUUUGCACCGUACUCCUGCACACUGCCGGUAUAAUUAUUUGUACAACGGUUCAACCAGAUAUUAACCCUACACCUCCACUAGAAUUUCCAUCAGAUGGAUUACAUGUAAGGAUCAUACAAGCACCUGAACCCUAUAAUUUAACUAAGCCACCAAUGUUUUAUUUUGGAAAUGAAACAAUAACGGAUGGACCAAUCAACAAACUUCAAGAAGCAAUUGAAAGCAAACUUAAUGAUGGAAUAUUAAAACCGUCUUCACUACCUAUCAAUGUCAUUGCUAAGAUAUCAGAAAAUUAUACUGAAAAUUAUAUUGAAAAUAAAUAUUACAAUAAUCACAUUGAUAGCUGGACAUCAAUAGCAUUAACAUUAAUUGUUCUUAUAGUUCUAGCAGUCAUGGUUCUGGCAUGUUCUGCACUAUGUUUGAAAAGGGUACAAAACUUGAAGAUAUCAAAACGACAACUGCUGAUAGAAGAUUGUGACGAUUCUGUAAUGAAAGAUUUAAUACACAUUCAGCGUGUAUAAAUGAUUUGCCAUAAAUAAAUAAAUAUACAUCAAUAAAUGCAAAUAUGUAUUCUAUUUAACUGAAUGAAAACAUAAGACUAAACUAAAACAAUUAACAAACA